CGCCUCCGCUCCCCUCGAGCGGGGCCCGGGCUCAGCCGCCGCCACCGCCGUCGCCUCCGAGCUCCGCCGCCGCCGCCGCCGCCGAGCGCCAUGGGAGACGCCGGGAGCGAGCGUAGCAAAGCGCCCAGCCUGCCGCCUCGCUGUCCCUGCGGCUUCUGGGGGUCCAGCAAGACUAUGAAUCUCUGUUCCAAAUGCUUUGCUGAUUUUCAGAAGAAACAACCAGACGAUGAUUCCACCCCGAGUACAAGUAACAGCCAAUCAGAUUUGUUUUCUGAAGAGACCACCAGUGACAACAGCAAUACCUCCAUAACCACGCCAGCUCUUAGUCCCAGCCAGCAGUCGCUCCCGACAGAACUGAAUGUAGCUUCCGCGAGUACAGAGGAAUGUGGGCCAUGCACAGACACAGCUCAUGUCUCGUUAACCACACCAGCCAAAAGAUCCUGUGGUGCAGAUUCACAGUCUGAGAACGAGGCUUCACCCGUGAAACGGCCGCGACUACUAGAGAACACUGAGCGGACUGAGGAAAGCAGCCGGUCGAAGCAGAAGAGUCGGCGUCGGUGCUUCCAGUGCCAGACCAAGCUGGAGCUGGUGCAGCAGGAACUAGGAUCCUGUCGCUGUGGCUACGUGUUCUGUAUGUUACACCGCCUUCCCGAGCAGCAUGACUGUACAUUCGACCACAUGGGCCGCGGCCGCGAGGAAGCCAUCAUGAAAAUGGUGAAACUGGACCGGAAAGUGGGGCGCUCCUGCCAGCGCAUCGGGGAGGGGUGCUCCUGAAGGCCAGGCACAGCCACCACACGACGCUGUUCUUAGUUCACUAAUGUUAGCCUUAUUUAGGACAAAGUCAGCCAGACACCUUGUACUGGGCACGCGUCAGACUACAGCCAGCCGUUUCCUUUCUUUAGCCAGCCAUCCUGGUACUGUAGUUUAGGGGUUGAUGGUGGAUGAAAUUGAUUUCUGGCUGGUUACUAAGGUGCCUGCUAGCCAUUGUAUAAAAUUAAAACAUGAAGAAUAUUUUUUUUGAGCAUGGCUAGUGGAUUUAAAACAGCAUAUACUGUCACUGCUGGAGUCAAACUUACAAAAAGCCUUAAGUGGAAAGUGUCCAGACCAGACUGAGUCAGCAGAGGAGGCGCAGGCCUCCCAGCCCACGCGGGCGGCUUUGACAGAAACUCUUCCAUGUUCGGCCUUUCACCUCUUCACUUUUGCUUGGUCCCAGCAGGACCUGAUGGCCACGUGUGCCUUGGCCACAGGAAGCUGCUGAGACUGGCCACAUGGCUGGGCUAGGCGGUGGCCUCACUCUCCCUCAAUGCUGGAAGUGGGGGCUUGGGACAGAUUCUUAUGGAGGAAACUCAUCACACAAGAAGAGACAACUUCACUUUGAAAAUUAGAUCCACUCAAGAUUAGUCCACGCACGAUCCCCACCUUUCUGCACAGGAUCCGUGGUUGUGGCCCACUGGCUGCAGCUUGCUAAGGGCAAGGGUGUUGCUCACGGCAGCUCUGUGGCUGAGGCUUGUGCCUAGGCCUUGGCAACCAGAUCUCUGUUUCUGGAGUUUAAAAAGGUGUUUGGUGGCCACGAGAAUCGGUGGGUGCACUGGGGAAGCUGCUGUCUCUACCCUUCCUGGCAGGAGCCUCCACAUGCUUCUCUGCAGCCAUAGUCUGAAGACAGCCAGGCCACCCACCUCAGGGUAGGUUCAGGAGGGGAGACGGCAGGCUGCACAAGACCCUGGUGCAGCUGUCUCUAGAGUGUUGAGUGCUGGUGGCUGUGGUGGGAGGCAGCUCUCAGCGUGAGCCUGGAUGGGAGCAGGGACAUGAGGCUGGCUAGAAACCUUGAGCAGUCAGGUGGGCAGGGCUGAGAAUCUGGGAUCAGGUCUAAGUGCCACAAACGUGCCAUGUUUCAGCCUCUGGCUUGACAUGGGGCUGCCCACGCCUGGCUGCUGCUGAGCGGUCUAGCCCAGUGAUCUCUGUGUAGUUGAGCCAGGUCUGCUCUCCAGACGAACAGUGGCUCUGCAACCACAGUGUCUUGAUCCAAAAUACCGAACAGGGAAUCAUGUUCUUCCCACCCUGCCCCCGCCCUGCCCCACCAGAUGGGACCCAAUGCAGAUCUCCAGCCUUAAUUCUUGCUUCAGGACCCAGACCAGCGCCUCACCUAGGGCAGCCCAGGGCACAGGGGCCAGGUCUGCCCAGCGUUUACCACUGUUGUUAAGCCAGAGCCCUCAGGCCACCACACGGCCAUCCUCAGUGAGGCGCCAGUGCCCUUCCUAAGCCCCUCAGGUUCCCUCAGCACUGGGAGGAGGGUGCUGGGCAACAUGCCAGGUUCACUCCUGCCGGAGCGGAGCGAGCGCUGGGAGGGGAGGAGGGGCUUGUUCCCUGCCGCGUCUGUUCUGUGAAGUUUGUUAAAUGUAAGGGAAGCUGAAAUUCUUGUAUCUUUAAAGAGGAAAUCUUAUUUAACCCUUUGUGUCCUAGAUUGACUUACACAUAGCCUAGAGCUCAGUUUUAGUUUAACAUUGUGAAAAUAUUAAAAGAAUCUUGUAACUUUA